GUAAUAAAUAGGCAACACUUCACUUCCGACGUCAAAUUCGAACCACCUUUUCUCUCUCAAACACUGCAGACAGCUUGAGAAUUGCCAAUGAUGGCGUCUCCCUUCGAAACUCGUAUGCCGAUGGCGCCCUCCUGCUCUUAGAUUUGACGUAUUGUUCUCGCUUUUGGGGCCUUUCUUCGGUUCGAGGCUUUCGUUCUGCUUCGCGAGAUUGUUUGUGGAGAUGGCGAAUCCGAAAUGGAGUUCGCAGAACAGCGGUUAUGAGACGGCGAUCUGGGCCGCCAAAAUUGUUUUUUGCUUCCUCGGCGUCGUCUCCUGUGGCGCCGCCGUCAGGGCGGCCAUGGGAGCCCUGGCCUCUGCCCUCCCCGGCUUCUGGGCCUCCCUCCGCUCCUGGCUCGCGCCGCAGUACCUCUUCGUCGCUGUCCAUUUCAUUAUCCUCGUUAUCUGGAAGCUCUCCGAUCAGCAGCAGCAGCACCGGCACCACUUCGAACACUGGGCCGCGGAGGCGGGGACCGCGGAGUCUGAGAAUCCUACAAAGAUAGAAUCUUUCGAGCCUCCGCCUGCGGCUGGCCUUCCCCGGAAACCGUCGCCAGAGAUCUGGCGCGACGAGAUCUCGCCGUCUCCGACGACCGGAGAGGUUCUAGCGGUGGAUCCCGUUGAGCACUCGCCGUCCGACGCGUCGUCCCUCACGACGGAUUCCUGCGAGAGGUCCACGCCUUCGUCGGCGUUUGCGAGCCAAAAGAGCGUCCAACCAGAGACCGAGACCAGCAUUGCGAUGGCGGAAGAGGAGGACGAGGCGGCGGCCUCGGCGGAGUUAGAGAACGACUCGAUGGAGGCCACGUGGAUGGCGAUUAUGGAGAAGUCGUCUCGGCCGGAGCUGACGCCGCCACCCGUGGCGGCUCCCUCUUCCGCGAGUCACGAGGACAUGAACCGGCGGUUCGACGAUUUCAUCAAGAAGAACCACGAGCAAAUUCGGCUUCUCAGUAGCCGGCGGCAUCCGUAGGAGAUGCGCAAGUCACGCCUGACACUAAUCUCCAUCUCCUUUCAUCUUCUUGCAAGCUCGUUGAACGAAAGCUUCUGUGGAGGGGGACUGCUUUACUGCUUUGCUGCAAGACAACGAAUCCUUAAGGUUCCUUUUGAGAUGCUGCACUUGUUCUUUGUUCUGGUGUUGCUGGUCGGACUGAGAAGUGAGUGAGUCUGAAAGAUGGAGCCUUUGGUAUGAUUCAAUCUCAUCUCUUGGUGGUAAUACCAUUAGCUUACUGUUUGAUACAGGAUUGUCCUGAUAAUGGUUUACAGUGCAAGUGGAAAACUGUGUUUGUAGAUAGUCCUUUUUUAUACUUAACUGUGUUGAUUGGCUCAAUGUUUAUUAACGAAUUCAUAUCAGCUCUUCUAUUCAACUUUUCCUACGUUUUCCUUUUCCAUCAUAGUUACCAGUAAAAUGCCUGUGGGCAUAAAUCUUCUCCUACAUAAGCCACAUUUUUGAGAAAUCUCUACUUGUAAAAUUGAAGAGAAUGAUACCAAAACAUAUGAUGAUGAUACAUGCUUUUCAGGCUUAUUGCACCCUGUGAUAUACUUUUCGGUACAAGAAGUUGCUGUUUGCUAGAUAUAAGAAUUAUAUUUAUGUUUACUUAUUAAAGUCAAGCGUUUGCUGUUUUUUGGAUCGUUCAGAAAAAGUUAGAGACUGAAUCAUUGGGGAGUUUCUGCAUGAUAUCAUGUAAUAAUACUAUCUAACUUCUUAAGUUAUAGAGAUAUUUUCACUGUAUUGAAAGAGUCACUAGGCAUUAAUUAAUAGAUAAAUUUGUUUAAUAUUUUUUAAGAACUUGAGUACUUGCUUAAAAAUGAAUGGGGAAAAAUAAGUAUAGGUUGCUGAUGGAAGCCCAAACUAUUUGCUUUUUUUAUGCAAAUGCUUAUUUGAGACAACAUAUUCAGAACCUACUGUCCUUACAAUUAAGUUUUGCUGAACAAUAUUCACUGAUAAUACAUCGGGAAACCAAUUGUGAUUAUGUAAGAUGAAAAAUAAUUAAUAGAUAUUAACUGGCAAUAUCUGAUUGUUGAAGCUUGACAUGGUAUUUUUUAUGCAGGUAGGCAAAAGUAGGAACUAGAAAGUCUCCGUAAACUAGUAUAUUUGUACUUGAUGUUAGGAAAAAUGUAUUGGAAUGAAUAUGGUCUUUGUUUAAGCAGAAGUUAUGAAAAUAUUAUAUCUAAUCUCAAUAAUGACUUGCCCCUAAGAAGGAACGUAUCCUCUUUAGAGUCUAUAUCUGUUUACAGUUGCACACAUGCUUCUUCCUUUGGUAUGAUCUGCUAAUUGACUCCUGUGCAUGAUAUGUAAAAGGAUACUUUCAUUAAACUUAGUAGCCUACUCAGAGGAUCAUUGUUUCUCUAUGUUUUUACAAUAAUGUUAUCCCCAGCAUUUCUUGCUAAUGAGUUUCUUGGUCCACCGAUGUUAGGUUAAACUUUCUGAAUCAUGUACUCUGUUUUUGUGAUACUAAUUCUUCAAAUUUGUUCUUCUGGUUACCUUUUUUCAUCUUCAUUCAA